GUAUUCGAUGGCUAUACUUCGUAUGAUGCUCAUAGGAUUGUACACAUCUGCGAAACUACUAACAUAACUACACAGGUCCGUUCUACAGGACCGUUUUUGACAGUAUCCUUCAAAAGUAAUGUCUUUGGUGGAUCGAAGAGUGCCCUACAACGUGGCUUCACCAUGAAGUACAGGACGUUCGAACCCGAUCGUAGCUGCGGUGGCGAUAUAACGAAUGUGGACAGCGAUUGGGACUUUUCGGGUACCAUUGAAAGCCCUAACUACGGUGGAUUUUACCCGCCAAAUAUGGACUGUUCGUGGCGUAUCGAUGCGAUUGGUCCUGACAACUCGUCCACCACCGAUCAGACUCUAAAGCUCGAAUUUCUAUCGUUUGAUGUACCAUCAGCAUAUCAGCUGUCUUCGGUAUGGCAUCGAGCAUUCGACGUUCCCAGAGAAGCGUUCGACAUAUUCCCUAGGCUUAAUCGUGAGCUACUUCAAUUUAUUCUUCAAGAGCUCUCGAAUGGGUAUCAUUGA